AUGCCUCCGCCCCCACAGCGCCGGGGAGGCCGAGGCCGAGGUGGCGAAGGGCGCGGCCGCGGCAGGGGGCGAGGAGCCGCCAGGGGCAGGGCUGGCAGAGGAGGCGAGAUGGAAUCAGACCUGAGAUCGGAGGCGCCAUCACGAGCUCCUUCGCCUCCGGCAGAGCAGACGCCGCAGGCCACGUCUUCGCCGCCGGCCACGUCUUCGCCGCCGGCCACGUCUUCGCCGCCGGCGGAGUCCGGCCGCGCGAGUAGAGCCUCCACCGUGCCGGCCGGAGACGUCGACUCGGCGAGCGCCAAGCUGCACGAGUCCAUCCCGGAUCUCCAGCGUUCGUACGACUUCGCCAGGGACGACGAGGAAAGGGAGAGGCUGAGGCAGGAGCUCGAGAGGCUCCGCAGCCAAGAGGACGAUAGGAACGCCAACCUCAGGAACCGCGGGUAG